AAUUGGUGCCACUCUAACUGGUAGCUUGUCUUAAUCUGACGUGAAAGACAUCCAGUACCAGUUUACUGUCACAAACAACAUGGCCUCGGAUUCGUCGUCUGAUUGCGAAGAAUUUUCACUGAAUCAAGAAAACGUCCAACCAUAUUCCUUUGAACCGACAAGGGCUAAUUUCCCAGACUUCAAAGUAAAGACGAGAUACGAUCAAGUGCAUGAUGUGGAACCCAGUGAAGACCUUUUGUCUUCAAACAUUGUGUCGUCAAGCGCAGAGUCCGAUUCAUCGAGACCACCGUGGUGCACUUGUGGUCACUGCGUUCACAUGCAGUCUGAAGUAGAGGAGCUAUGUUGUCAGGAUGUUGCUCCAAUCAGGGAAAAGCUUGAUACAUCAAAUCACAACUGCAUUACUUCUCACCCUGGCCUCCAUGACGUAUCACUGAGCAAGUAUAGUAUGGAGGCAUACUACAAUGAAUUCAUUGACAGCAGUGGCCCCAUAGGUGAUGAUGAACCAAUACACAAAAUCUAUCGACAUCUGGCCUACAGAAGAUUUACAUACUGGAUUUGGCAGAAAUUGGGAAAAAAUCAUCGCAAGGUGAUUCCUUCUUGUGUUGUCCAUGUUAUACGUGCAACAUUUCCAUCAGAUGUAUAUACUGGAUUUCUUUAUUCUCACUAGAAUAAAUAUUGUUUUAAUGGAAA